GGGGUCCAGGUCUGCAGCCUCCCGGCUCGAGCCCCCCCCCGGGGCGCUCAUGGCCGCCGCCGACGGCGCCGACGCCGCGGCGGCGGGCGACCCGCGGACGGCCGCCUUCGAGGCCGCCUUGUGCGAGGCCAGGCAGGCGCGCGUACGGAGCCUGUGCAGCGACGGCGACGGCCGGCCCUGGCCCCUGCGGGCCACGCGGCCCUCCAGCCUGGGCGUCUACGGCGUGGGCGUCGAGCUGUACUUCCGCCUCACGCGCCACGCCGUCUGCGCGUUCGGCGCCGCCGCGCUGCUGGCAGCCCCCCUGCUGGUCUGCAGCGCCGCGGGCGGGACGCUGGACGCGGUGGAGGGCGGCGGGGGGGCGCGGCCGCUGACGGGCUGGCUGGCCCGGACCACGAUCGCGAACCUCGGCUCGCCGCAGGGCCCGGGCACGUGGCACGCAGGCGACUCGCAGAGGCCGGUGCGCCUCCUCGGCUGGGAGGCGGACAUCCGGGACGUCACGCUGGCGGCCGGCGUCCUCGACGCCGUCGUGACGCUGGGCCUGCUGCUGGGCUUCGUGUGGCUGGAGGCCCACUGCAUCCCGCGGGCCGUGGCCGCCCACCAGAACAUGCGCGUGAGCCCAGAGGCCUUCUCGCUCUCGGUCACGGGCCUGCCGCGGCGCCUGGCGGGCGACCACCCGCGCUACGCGGAGCGGCUCGCGGCGCACUUCGACGCCCUGCUGCGCGCACAGGUGACGGACCGCAGCGCGCAGGUUGGCCUGCUCGUCGUGCUGUGUACGGACCGUGGCCAGGCGGCGCCGCCGCUGCGGUCACGGCUGCUGCCGGCGGCCUGCUGCUGUUGCGACGCCCGGGGGCGGAGGCUCGGCAGGAUCCUCCGCAUCCGGCGGGACGCGUGCGACGUCCAGUGGUGCCCGAUGCCCGGCUGUCCGCCGGAAGUCACCGCCUGCCGCAUCCGCACCGCCGCGGGCGGCCCGAGCGAGUGCGACCUGCUGGACGCGCGCCUCCUCGCGCAGCUGGAGGCUGCCGGCUGCGACCUCCCCGGGCAGCCCUGCGGCGGCGGCGAGGCUCAGAGGUCCCUGGUGCACGCGGUGAGCCUCGCGCGCGACUACGGCGGCAUCCUGCGGGCCGCGCGCCUAGACGCCCAGCAGCGGACGAAGCAGCUGGAGCAGGAAGCCUCUGGUAGCCCCGCUGGGGAGCCGCCGCCGGAUCGCCCGCAGCACGCCUCCGGGGCGGAGCUCAGCCAUGAGCACGUCAGCCUGGAGAUCCAGCGCGGGCCGAGUGCCGGCCUCGACCUCGGGGACGUGGACGAUCGAGACGUCCUCGUGGCCUUCGUCACCUUCACAUACGCGCGCCACCGCGACUUCCUCCUCCACGGCCAGUACCACUGCAGCAACCUUGCGUUGGUCCGCUGGCUGCAGCCUCGGCGGCUCCGCUUCUCUGGCCACGCGCUGCGGGUGGAGCAGGCGCCUGCACCCUCGGACAUCUUCUGGGAGAACAUCGACUUCCCUGCCUCCAAACGGAGGGCGCGCAGGAGGUGGGUUCUGCUAAGCUGCGUGGCGCUCCUCGCCAUCUGCACGCUGCUCUUUUCCACGGCUAAAAAGCUGGCCAUCGCCGCGCAGGUCUCUGGCGCGGCGGGCUGCCCUCAGGAAACCACCACGGCACAACAUGCCGGCCCUGCACACGACUGUGUGUGCGGCGGUGUUGGCUACAGGCAGAUUGUGCAGGAUGAGCCCCCGGGUAUAUACGACUCGUGUCGCAGCUUCCUCUCCACCUCGCUCCAGGCGGACGCGCUUGCGGCGGCCGCUGCUGGGAUGGUAGUUGUCGUCAGCGUCGCUGCCACACCGCUAAUUGUCUACAUCGCUGACUGGGAGCGGCCACAAUCACUGACUGCACAAAGUCACCGAGUCAUGAGCGUCGUAUUCUUCGUUCAACUGAUUAAUAUAGGCUUCAUGACGCUGCUGGUCAACUUUCGGUCGCGGAUCAAUGUUUUGGGUGGCGGGCUGUUCGGGCUGAUAGGCGAUGGCGAUUUCUCCGACUUCGGGUUCGAGUGGUAUGCUGAAGUUGGGGCUUCCAUCUUGUUGACCAUGGCCAUCAACGCAGUGUGCCCGCUUCUCUCGGUGCUGUGGGUGUGGCUGCUCGGUGCCCGUCGGCAGUACUGCGUCCGCAGGCUUCGAGCUAAACCGGGGCACCAUCGUGGCAGGCUCUUCGAGCUGCACACCCCGCCGGAGUUCGAGCUGGCAGUCCAGCACGCACAGCAGCUCUGUGCCAUCUUCGUCACCGUGAUGUUCUCGGCGGGGCUUCCGCUGCUCCAGCCCCUGCUCGUCGUCAGCCUCGCACUCUUCUACUGGACCGACAAGUUCGUCCUCCUGCGCGCCUCGCGCAUCCCGCCCAGGUACAAGCACGGCCUGGCCCUGUGGUGCGCCAGGCUGCUGCCCCUCGCGCUCCUCGCGCACUCCGCGCUGGCGGUCUGGGUCUUCGGCAACCCGCGCGUGUCGCCGAGCCACCCGUGCCGCGAGGACAUCUGGCCGUGCGGCCUCCUGCUCGGCGCCAGGGCCGGCGCCUCGCCUCUGUGGGCGCCGGCGUUGGACCGCGCCUCCGCCGCCUCGGCGCUGCCCAGCGCGGCCGCGUGCGCCAUCGUCUGCGCCCUCGUGCUGCUGCGGGCGGCGCGGGCGCUGCUGCCCGGGAGCCUCGGCCUGCUGCCGCGCCUGUGUUGCCAGCGGGCCCUGGCCCCCGCCUGGGGGCGCGGCUUCCUGCUGAACCGCGCCUUCGGCGAGGAGCCCCUGGAGGAGCUGCGGCGGCUGAAGGUGGCCCACAGCUACGAGAUCACGGGCCUCCCCGAGUUCGGGUUCCUGGGCGCCGCGGGCGGGGGCGGCGGCGGGGCAGGCGGCGGCGGUGGCCCGGAGGCCCUCGGAGCCGCCGCAGUCGGAGACGGGGCCGCCGCCGGCUCCCCGCCCCCGAGCGCCGGAGAGGGAGCCACGGGGUCACCGCUGAAGCAGGAGCUGCAGGCGCUGCACCCCAUCGCGGUUAAGUUUGCCCCCGAGCUCGUGGAUUCCGCGCUCAGGAGCAGGGGCGCCACGGAGGAGGUCGACGACUUCAUCCGCCUGCACUGCCCGAGGUUCCGCGCCUUCGACGUCGACGGCGAAUUCGAGGUCACGAUGACGGAGGUGCACAGGCUCUUCUGCGACACCGUCGAGGGCCUCAUCUCCGCGCGCCUGGAGGAGAUGGGUCUGGACCUGAGCCUCUUCGAGGAUAUCCUCCAGCUGCGGGCGGCCGCCGACGGCGACGAGGACGUGGCGCUGGCCGCCCUGGCCUGCACCCUCGCGAGGUACACGGACUUCUGCAGCUUCGGGCUGCUCAUGCGCGACAGGUUCCUGGAGCUGUACGCGGCGAAGCCCACGGCAGCGGCGAGUCCGCCCGCGGGCGAGCCGCAGUCGCCGCCGGCGCGCACCGCGCUCUGCGACGCGGACGCCUCGGUGGCGUCCCCAGCGGCCGGCGCCCAGGCGGAGGCGGACGCACCGGCGGCCCUGUCCUUCUCCUCGACGUGCUACCGGGUCCCCGCGGAGACCUUCUCUCCCCCGCCGCCCUCCCCGGGCCGAGGCGCGAAUGCCACCAGCGAGACGGAAUUCGAGGGCGGCUCGUACUUUGCGGCCGACGGGUGCCUCCCCCUGCCGUAGCAUGACCCCUUGGCUUGUACAGAGGUCGCCGCUGUCGCAGCUCAAAAAGGGUCCUGGCGAAUGGCAGCACGGGCCUCCACGUCCGACCGAUUCGUGUGGCCCCAAUUCUCCUUGCCCAUUGCCCAAAGUGUUCAGGUGGUAUGGCCAGU